UCUCCCAUACACAUAAUUUAUAGUAUCUUGGCACAGCCGGCAGCGCAAAUGGACCAGGCAUGCCCAGCAAUAGUGUGUGAGGAAUGUGGCAGUGGAGCGUACCAAGAGCUUUUGGUAAACUGCACCCAGUGCAAUGGCUAUCGACACCGUUACUGCUUGGUUGUGGUGGAAUUUGAAAUGAUACAUGAAUGGUGCUGCGGUGAAUGCCAAAAAAAGGAUAAUGGGGACACAAAACCUAUUGAAGGUGAAAAUUCUGAAGUGAAACCCAUUCCCUCUCAAGAGGUGGCACUAUUAAGUAUGCCAACUACUGAUAAUUGGCCAAGGUUUGUUGUGCGACAUAAACGCACUCCACGAAAGAUGAAGUGUGUAUCUCCCAAUAGGAGUGAAAAUCAAGCAUUUGCCCUGAAACGAUGCGCUAUUGCAAGUCAAAACCAGAUAAAAGUUGAGGAUAUGAACAAGAGACAGAAAGUACUGUCGGGUGCAACUAUGUUUACAUACAACAGAAACGGAAAAGUUAAAAACAAUGACCAUCAGCUUCGAGAUCAGCCUAAAGAAGCGAAGGUAGCCGGUGCUGCAGAUAAAAGAAAAUUCAACUCCUGGGUAGGCGAUCAGCCUACUGGAAAAAUGGCAUUCAGUGCUUCAGUGCCCACAGAUGCUAACAUUGGACGCGGAUCUGGAACAAAGAGUCUGAACAACAAUAUAGACAUGCCAGUGAUCAUCAGCUCAAGUGCAGAGUAUGCAAGACGCCCUCCACCAGAAGCAGUCUGUUGGACGGGAUGCUUUCUUCUCUCUGAUGGAGAAAUUUUCAAUCUUGGUGAAUUUAAAGCAUACCACCCAUCGGUAGUAUCACCCAGAGUUUGUAAUAUCGCCAAGAAGAUGCCUACUAAUAUGCAAUUGAAGAUAUCACCUCGAAAGAAUUACUGGCCAAAGACGUUUGAGAAAAUCUCUCCAGUUUAUGAAGACAUCGCCUUGUUAUUUUUCUCUGCUGAAGUUGACUGUUGGAACAAGAAGCAUCCUUGUCUCGUGGAUACGCGCUGCGGUUUUGUCAUGCACGCAUAUAUCGAUGACAUGAUGUUGUUGAUGUAUUCCUCAGAAGUGCUUCCACCCGAUUGUCAGUGGAUAGACGGAAAGAGUUACUUAUGGGGAGUUUUUGUGAAGCCAAAGUCAAAGAGCAAUCAUGCACGGUUAGGUUCAGUUGCUACAUGAGCUCUUGCAGUAAAAGGCAGACAGUCAAUUCUAGAGACGGCUGAGGAGUCUCCAUUAUAUGUUAGCGACGCUUACAUUAUGGUGUAGAGGCGUGGGAUUAGGUUGAUCCACUCGAGCUCAUCACUGAAGGAAGCUCGAAUUCACCAGCGGUGAUAGUUUUGUCUUUUGUGGACUGUCGUGUCAGCGUAUGGGUCACUGUUAUCCGUUUUGUUUGUCAUCUUAACCGUGUAUGCUUGGUCUGUAGUAACUUCUUGUUGUUAAAGUGGACAAGUGUUGGGGAAAACGGUAAAUUAGAACCUGUGGUGCUAGUGACAUGAUGGAGUAUUUCCGUAAUCUCCUCAAAACAUGUGUUGAAUCAAAAGUGUUUUUCUGCACUCUCUUAAGAACCUAUAGAAGUUCAUUUA